GCAGACUGGAACUGAGCUCUGGAAAAACAAAGUGGAGCUUGGAGCAUGUGGCCUGAGGAUUGCCUUACAAAGCCAGGGGUGGUAGCUAAGAAGUGAGCAGGAUGCCCCCAGGCAUUUACUGCCCUAUGGAAUUCUGGUCCAAGGGGGAAAACCAAAACAUCCAGGUGGACUUUCUGCUGCCCACAGGCAUAUACUUAAACCUCUCUGUGUCCUGCAAUGCCAGCUUGGGCACCAUCAAGCAGGUGGUGUGGAAGCAUGCUCAGUAUGAGCCGCUGUACCAUAUGCUCAGCGAUCCCGAGGCCUAUGUCUUCACGUGCAUCAACCAGACAGCAGAACAGCAAGAGUUGGAGGACGAGCAACGGCGGCUUUGUGACAUCCAGCCCUUCCUACCAGUACUGCGGCUCGUGGCUCGAGAAGGCGACAGAGUCAAGAAGGUUAUUAACUCCCAGAUCAGCCUGCUCAUUGGGAAAGGUUUGCAUGAGUUCGACUCUGUGCAGGAUCCAGAGGUGAAUGAUUUCCGCACCAAAAUGUGCCAGUUCUGUGAGGAGAGAGCAGCAAAGCGGCAGCAGCUCAGCUGGGCAGCUUGGAUGGAGUACAACUUUCCCUUGCAGCUGGAGCCCAUGGCCAAAGGCCUUGGGACUGGCCCUCUACAUACCCCCACCAAGAACAUUUUUGUCAACGUCAAGUUUCAGUCUGGCGGGGAGAGCUUCACUUUCCAGAUCUCCCCAAAGGAGUUCCCCAUCACAUUGAUGAGCUAUGCUAUCAAGAAGCAGGCUACUGUCUUCCGCCAUGAGACAGUGGAGAACCCGGAGGACUACACCCUGCAGGUGAAUGGGAAAUGUGAAUACCUCUAUGGGAACUACCCCCUGUACCAGUUCCAGUAUAUUCGCAGCUGCCUGCACCGAGGCCUAACGCCCCACCUCACCAUGGUACACUCCUCCACUAUCAUUGCUAUGAGAGAUGAGCAAACCAACUGUAUUGCCAGCCCCCCAAAGAUGGCUGCCAAGCCUCCCCCGCUCCCUAAGAAAAAGCCAAACUAUGGUUCUCUCUGGUCCUUAGAGCAGUCUUUCUACAUUGAGCUGGUGCAAGGCAGCAAGGUCAACGCAGAUGAGAGAAUGAAGCUGGUGGUGCAGGCAGGUCUCUUUCAUGGCAAUGAGAUGCUGUGCAAGACAGUGUCAAGCUCUGAAGUGAAUGUAUGCUCAGAGCCAGUGUGGAAGCAGAGGCUGGAUUUUGAUAUUAACAUCUGUGAUCUUCCCCGUAUGGCACGGCUUUGCUUUGCCCUCUAUGCUGUCAUCGAGAAGGCGAAGAAGGCACGUUCCACCAAGAAGAAGUCCAAGAAAGCUGACUGCCCAAUUGCCUGGGUGAAUGUCAUGCUCUUUGACUAUAAGGACCAGCUGAAAACAGGGGAGUGCUGCUUGCACAUGUGGUCCUCCUUUCCAGAUGAGAAAGGGGAACUUCUAAACCCCAUGGGCACGGUACAAUGCAACCCCAACACAGAAAGUGCAGCAGCCUUGGUCAUCUGCUUCCCCAGCGUUGCAUCGCAUCCUGUGUAUUACCCGUCAUUUGAGCAGCUGCUGGAGUUGGGGAGGAAUGGAGAACAACCCCGCGCUGCACCAGAAGAUCCUGAGGAGAAGCUGCAACUGAAGGAGAUACUGGAGCGGAGGAGCCACACUGAACUAUAUGAGCAUGAGAAAGACCUGGUGUGGAAGAUGAGAUACGAUAUCCGUGACCAGUACCCGCAAGCUUUGGCAAAGCUGCUUAUCAUCACCAAAUGGAACAAGCAUGAAGACGUUGCCCAGAUGAUUUCCCUGCUUCAGACCUGGCCAGAAUUGCCUGUCCUGAAUGCCUUGGAGCUGCUGGAUUUUAGCUUUCCUGACCGUUAUGUUGGUUCCUUUGCUAUCAACUCAUUAAAGAAGCUGACAGAUCAUGAAUUGUUCCAAUACCUGCUACAGCUUGUCCAGGUGCUUAAGUAUGAAUCCUACUUAGACUGUGAAUUAACCAAGUUCCUGCUGGACAGGGCGUUAUCCAAUCGCAAGAUCGGCCACUUCCUCUUCUGGCAUCUGAGGUCAGAAAUGCAUGUUCCUGCAGUUGCCUUGAGGUUUGGCCUGAUCCUGGAAGCAUACUGCAGAGGCAGCACCCACCAUAUGAAAGUUUUGAUGAAACAGGGAGAAGCACUCAAUAAGAUGAAAGCUCUGAAUGACUUUGUUAAAGUGAGUUCUCAGAAGGCCACCAAGCCUCAAACCAAGGAGAUGAUGCAUGUGUGCAUGAAGCAGGAAACUUAUCUUGAAGCACUUUCCCACCUCCAGUCCCCCCUGAACCCCAACAUUAUCCUCGCUGAAGUUUGUGUGGAUCAAUGCACCUUUAUGGACUCCAAAAUGAAACCUUUAUGGAUUGUGUUUAAUAAUGAAGAGAGAGGUGGAGGUGGAGUGGGUAUUAUUUUUAAAAAUGGAGAUGAUCUUCGUCAGGACAUGCUGACUCUGCAGAUGAUCCAGUUGAUGGACAUCCUGUGGAAGCAGGAGGGCCUGGACCUGAGGAUGACCCCUUAUGGCUGCCUCUCCACAGGAGACAAGACUGGACUGAUAGAAGUAGUCAUGCAUUCAGACACCAUUGCCAACAUCCAGCUGAACAAGAGCAACAUGGUGGCCACUGCAGCCUUCAACAAGGAUGCACUGCUGAACUGGCUAAAAUCCAAGAACCCGGGUGACGCGUUAGAACAAGCUAUAGAGGAGUUCACUCUUUCUUGUGCUGGGUACUGCGUGGCAACAUACGUGCUGGGGAUAGGUGACCGGCACAGUGAUAACAUCAUGAUCCGGGAAACUGGACAGCUGUUCCAUAUUGAUUUUGGUCACUUUUUGGGGAACUUCAAGACUAAAUUUGGUAUUAAUAGAGAACGAGUUCCUUUCAUCUUAACCUACGACUUUGUGCAUGUCAUCCAGCAAGGAAAAACUAACAACAAUGAGAAGUUUGAAAGGUUCAGGGGUUACUGUGAAAAAGCCUAUAUGAUCCUGAGGCGCCAUGGUCUUCUCUUCCUGCACUUGUUUGCACUGAUGAAAGCUGCUGGCCUGCCAGAACUCAGCUGCUCUAAAGACAUUCAGUAUCUAAAGGAUUCCCUAGCUCUUGGGAAAACAGAUGAGGAGGCACUGAAGCACUUCAGACUGAAGUUUAAUGAAGCCCUGCGAGAGAGCUGGAAAACCAAAGUGAACUGGCUGGCGCACAACGUAUCCAAAGAUAACAGACAGUAGAGCAACAUCAGCCUGCACACUUGCUCCAAGAGAAUGUAAUACCCGCACUGAGUCCAGCGGUUGUAGACAGGUUUUUAAAGACUGAUGACUGUUGCCGUGUUGAAGACCCUGCACCUGCAUUCCGAGGUCAGACAUUUCUGCAUGACUGAAAAAUUGUUGGACUGUCAUCAGCCGCAUAAUCAUGUCUGCUGUAGAUCUUUGGGGGACAAGGGAGAGACGUGAGGCAAUAAAAUUACUGCAUACAGUGAAAGGUAGGUAGAUGUACUGUAUCCUUAAGAACUUCUUAAGCUUCAAAUACAUCUUCUAAUGGAAGAGUUCAGGCAGUUGUAACAUCCUUCCAGCGUGUUAAUGUGUCUAUUUCUAUUUUCUUGAAAAUUUAGCUGAACACUGAGAACCUACUAUCCCUGUAGCUCUUAUACUAUAGCCCAUCUUCUAGGUCCCCACCAUUACAGCUCAGAGAUGGUAACUUCACCACGUGAUUGCUCCUCCUACCCUGUUUCAGUGUACACCAAGGUAGGUCAGCUUAAAUCACCACUGAAGCUGACGUGGACAAAUUGUUUUACUCUGCAUUGUGACAGGGUAAAAAUAUCCAUGCUGUCAUGUUACUUUCUCUCUGCUACAGACGCCAAAGUGUUCGGAAACUGAACUGGAACCCAGCUAUUGCUGUCAAAAAAACUGGUGCCACAAGAACAGGCUUGGAUUGGCCAAUGGGUUAGGUAUUUUUGUUUGCUUUCCUAAGUCAGACUUUAGUUGCGCCUCAAGCAAUUCCAGGAUUUCUGCGUUUAUUCUGGUUUUAAGCCUGAAAACAGCAAGAACUGCAUUUUCAAAAUUGGCAUGUAACAGUGGUUGCUACGUGUGCCUCCUGCUGGGGUGCAUUAGAGCUCGUUUGCCACCUGGUUUCCCUGUAACACGCGCAGGCAGGGCACUGGCCUACACCUCCGCAAUCACUGGGAUGCAGCACUCUCGUUCCAGUGUCAGCUGGGACAGAAGGCACAGAAUGGUGCCAAAGUUAUUUGGCCAGUCUGCCUUCCUGUGCAAGGAUAGAGGAGUGCCAGAUGAGCGGGUUUAACACUGAAACACUUACGUGGAGUAAGUUGCAUCUCAACUCUCAUCUUCUUCCAAAUGUAUUCCCUGUUCCUUUCCACACUCUUCCUCCUCUCAACCGUGGUACGCGACUCCUUGUCUGUUGUUAGAGCUGGUGUGCAAAGACUGUGUGUCUGUAUGGGGGUUCAGCCAAAGAGUAAGCUGCAGUCAUCUGUGCCGGUACCUGAAUCAGGACAAACUGUCUACUCCAGCCUCCUCCUGUUCUCACCGCUGCCUCCGUCUCCUUCCCAAGCAGAAUCUGUCCCAUCUCCCACAAGGUGCUGUAAUCAAUCACGUACUUCUACUCGUGUCAUAUUUUUGUCUCCAGCUAGUGUCCUCACCUGGUGAGCGGUUCUGAGCACUGGUGUUGCACAGGGACCGAUGAACAGGAGCCGCUGCUACCGCUCAGUGCCUCACACGAGCAUAGCGCGGUGCAUCAAGCAGGCUGCAGCCUAUGGGCUCAUGCUGGAAGAUAGGUGGAGUAGCGUGGUUAGUACCUGCGUCCUUUAGCGGUUCCCUGGGGUGAUCCCGUUCAUUUCCCUGUGUUCUCCACACCAUCAGGUUCCUAUGGAGGUGCUAUCAUUGCUGCCUUUUAAAGACUAGCAUAGUCUAAUUUUCAAGACACCCCUGAAGCUAACUCCUGUAUUUAAUUUGUAUGCCUUUAACUAGGUUGAGCGAUUUUCUUUUACUCACAGAACUGGUUUUUAAACCCUUACUUACUCUUAUGUAGGUGAAAAAAAUACAGGCAUUUCAGAUCCUGUUUCUCAGGUGACGAGAGAUGCAUAUAUUGCCAAAUGAUGGACUACUCUCUCAUGUAAAUUUAGCUUCCAUGUCUGGUUUAAAAUCCCCACAAAACCAGCAAGUUUAGGACAGUGACUGAACUGGCCUGUUUAUUCCUAAUAAAUCUUCCCUGUCAUGGGAUAAAUUUGAUUUGAUAGUGUUUUUGCAUCCAGCACAUAGGUACAACUCAUCCCUGACUUUUGGCUCUUUUUAAUACUUUAAAAUCAGGUACCUCUGUACUUUAAAAUUA